AUGCCGAUAAACGAUGCGCAGAAGAAAGCAAUAGAGGAGGUGAUUUCCGCCAUUACCUCCACAGCGGCCGGAAGUCGCGGGAAGCGCAAGCUAGCAGAUAUGUUCCUCGAGUUGCCAGACAGGGAUGCUUGGCCGGAAUACUACGAGGUAAUACCGGAGCCGCGUUGCAUUGAUGGGGUGAAGUUCAAACUGGGGAGAACCGAUAAGAAGGGUUACGACAAGGCUCUUGAUGUCUACGAGGACCUUGCGCUUGUGUUUCUGAAUGCAUUGUAUUACAAUGAAGAGGGAAGUCAAAUUGCAAAGGAUGCGUCAUUACUCAAGGGCGUGUUUAGCAGCGAGUGGAAGAAACGAUCUGUUUUGCCGACACCGUCAGACGAGCUUCCAGCUGCAUCGGUACAAAGACAAAAACAAAAAUCGUCGCAAAAACCUGCACAGCCCGCUGCUUCAUCGUCAUCAUCGAAGAAUCUGCCUCAAACACCUGCAACGAAGGCCACAGCGAACCCAAAACAAGUCAAGGCCACUCCUGCACCAGCUCCGGCCACUGCUUCGGCGCCGAUCCCAGUCGCACAGCCGAUACUUCCGCAGGCUCAGGCUCAGGAUGCGGAUAUGGACGUUGAUGUUGGUGGUGGACCUUCAGAUAACGAGGCUGAACCAGAAAACUACGGUUAUUCGGGUCCGAUGUCGACUGUAACGCGAGACGCGGAGAGUGAUGAUAUUGUAUGGCAGCUUGAGCGAAGUCUGCCGCGGUGGGGAGGGUAUGGAGAUAAGGGGUGGUUUGAGGGUGUUGACCUUGAUCGUUGUGCUGACAUUGCGCAUGCCAUCAAGAGCCACAAGGACGUUGUGAGCAACAGCCGUGUCGCAGCUGCCUUGGAUGUCAUUCCUGAGGAUAUCGCUAUCAAGAACCUGUCUUUCAAUUAUCCUCUUUCUCUCAAGCUUAUAGAGUCGAAAGCUCGUGCGAAGGAGUAUGCUUCGUCUAAAGAGUUCGACGUCGACAUGAUCCGUCUAUUUGAGAAAGCGCGGCGUUGGCACGAUAUCGGCAGCGACCAAUACGGCGACGUUCUUCUCCUUCAGCGUCUGUACCAAGCUCUUACAUCUCCGACACCUCCACCUGGUCCUCCAUAUGCGUCCCAGACCAACUUCUCGUCGAUUCGUGCAGGCCCAGGGACGGCCCGACCUCUACACGGCUCUGCAUCGACAGAUUCGGACCUUGUUCCUGGUGUUACGACUUUUCGUGUAUCUAGCAAAGACCGGCAUUUCGUUGACGAAGUGAAUUACAAAGGCUGGUCAAUACGUCUUGCGGACUGGCUUCAUCUCGCUAAUCCAGACGAUCCGAACCGACCAAUCGUUGCACAAGUUUUUAGAUGCUGGAUCAGCGAUGAGCCAUCAAAGGCUGGACGUCCUGGUGUGACAGCAUGUUGGUAUUACCGGCCUGAGCAGACGUACCAUCCUGUAAACCGUGAGUUUUGGGAAGGUGAAGUCUUCAAAACGGGACACUUUGCGGACCAUCCGCUCGAGGAUGUCAUUGAGAAGAUCGCAGUCCAGUUUACUGCGCGACACCUCCGCGGAAGGCCUCGUGCACCAUUUUGGUGGCCUGGCUGGCCGCUGUACGUCUGUGAUAGCCGGUACAACGACCGCGAGCGGGUGUUUGUAAGGAUCAAGAAUUGGGCGAGCUGUGUGCCUGAGGAAGUACGAAAGAAGCCGGAUUGGAUGCAUAUCUAUGAGUUUGAACGGCCAGUUGCGCCUAGGCGCCUAGGCAGCCCCUUUCUUCCGCAAUCGAAUGUGAAGGGAAGACGUGGUGGGCGUUUGCCGGGUGGUAUAGGGGAUGCAGUCGAGCGUGCGGAUGGUGAGAAGAUUGAAGGUGGGGGCACUGGACGGAAGAGACCUCGGAAGUCUGGUGUGAUAUCUGCUGCGCCUGGUCCUGGACCAAGUCGAAUUGCGCAGGCAUCUAUUUCGACAACGGCUCAACAGGGGGCACAUGCUUCGUAUACGCAGCAAAUGCCGAGUCAUACUACGUAUAAUGCUCCGCAGCAAGCUGCUGCUGCGUCUACGACUGCUACACCAGCGCCUCGGCCUGCUCCAAAGGAUCGUGGCGUUAUUACUGCUGCUGGUGGACCCUCGAUUCUUCCGAAUGCAUUUACUGCGAAGCUUCCAGCCGAAACGGCUCGGUACUUUGAUCGAGACCCUGACACGAACGAGGUUCUGUGGUUUUCCGGACCGCCUGUUGACGUCGCCCGUCCCGUUACACCCCGGCAUAGUUUGGAGUACCUACAUUUCCUUGCGAUGAAGCGGAAGCGUGAGAUGGAAGGGAAUACUAGGGAGGAGAGUGAUGAUUCGAAACGCUCACGAACGGUAAAGGCUCCUCCGGCGGCUAGUCAGCUGUUGGAAGAGCUUUGGACACGUACUUGUGGUGAAGCGACGAGUGGAUGA